AUUGUCAAGGCCGGUUUGGUGGCUCUGUUGAGUGCGGCGCCCGGGUUAGCUGCGGUUACUAGACGUCAAAACGCUGUGAAUCUUUGGGGACAGUGUGGUGGGAUUGGAUAUCAGGGGUCGAAGGUGUGCGUUUCUGGUGCUGUUUGCACGGCUUACAACGACUGGUAUCGUACGUCUCCCAAUCCUUCGUCCCUACCACCAGCACCAGCACCAGCUCUGUCCAGUCGACCAGCACAAGUGCCGCCCCAUCCUCCAGCCCAACCUCCGCCGCCAACUCGAUGGAGAUUAACACCACCCCUCAGCGGCGACUCCUACUCCCAAACAGGCUUCGACCCCCUCUCCACCAAACCCUCCCCCUCCAACCCCUUUGGCAACCCACCCCUCCCCGGCUGGACAGCCUCCGGCGGCCUAAACUGGGUUGGCUUCCUCACCUCCCAGUACAACGCCUCCACCCUCCUCACCUACAACUUCGCCUACGGCGGCGCCACCACCAACGCCAGCCUCGUCCAGCCCUGGAGAGAGGACGUCCUGAGCUUGAUCGACCAAGUCCAGCAGUUCACCGACACCAUCGCCUCCAAGCCAUCCUACGCCCCCUGGACAGCAGAGAACGCUCUCUUCGGCAUCUGGAUUGGCGUGAACGACGUGGGGAACAGCUGGUGGAAGGAGGAGUAUGACCAGCUGCUGAGCGAGAUUAUGGAUACGUAUUUUGGGCAGCUGCAGGUGUUGUAUGAUGCGGGGGCGAGGCAGUUUGUUGCUUUGGGUGUGCCGCCGAUUCAUCGCACUCCUGUCAUGGUCGAGGAGACAGAGUGGGCUCAGGAAACCGAGGCUGCCGCUAUCGCCAAGUACAACGCUGCUAUCGCUUCCCGGGCCGCGACUUUUCAGGCGGCGAAUGCUGGGUCGGUGAUCAAGAUUGUCGACACGGGGGUUGCGUUCAAUGAGGCGUUGGAUAACCCGACUGAGUAUGGCUCGCCGGAUGCCAAGUGCUGGAAUGGGGAUGGGGUUUCGUGCUUGUGGUUUAAUGAUUACCACCCGGGGAUUGAGAUUAACCGGUUGGUUGCUGAGGAGGUGGCUGAGGCUUGGGAUGGAAGCUUCUUUGAAGGGAAGGUUUGCAUCGAGUAG